AUGUAUGUUUCAACCGACAAGGCCGAUAAGAAUGGUGGAGACGGGGGAUCCGGUGCAAUAGACGACAAGCACGAUCUCGUUAUUGAUGUUCCAAGCAAUGGCGCCACCCCGAAAGUUGGAGACACAGAGUCGGGUGGAACAGAAGACAAGCAAGAUCUUGUUGUUGAUGUUCAAAGCGAUAAUGCCACCAAGAAUGGUGGAGACACUGGGGCAGGUGCAACAAAAGAUAAGGCAAGUCAGGAAGCCACCGCUUAUGAAGGAGACGCAGAGUCCGAUGCCAAGGAGAACAAACACAAUCCGGUUGUUGGUGUCUCAAGCGUGGAUCCCACCUCUAGUGGAGACGUGGAGUCCGAUGCAACAACCCACAGACGCAAUUAUCUUUUUUUUGGUUUAAACAUCUCAGUCAGGGAACCUACCUUUGAUGCGGAGUCUGUAACAGACUACAUGAAAACAGUUACUUCUGACUUUGAAAGCAAUGGUGUGACGAGUGAUUACGAUGGGUCCCCUGCAGAACUCAAUGGAUACAGUGCUGCCCCUGGCUUUGAACGCAAACAGCUAUUCGGACAGAAGGUAAACCCUAACACAGCCAACCGUUCAAACCAGGUGCCUGUCAGGCAAAAGCUGUAUCGGCCACCACGUGACAGUUUGGGCAGAAGUCGCCCGUUCUUGAAGGAACCCAUCUGGUGUCUAGAACCAAUCUGGGAAGCGCAAUCGCCAGUAUACUAAUGGUGCAGUAUGGAUUUCCAAUGACGGUAUGGAACGACAGUGACUCUGAGGCGGCGGCCACAUCUCGCAAACCAGUUGUGAGACGUCGCAACAAGAAACACGGAUACUCAGGAGCAGCUAGAAACAAGGAUACUCAGGAGCAGCAAGAAACAAGGAUACUCAUGAGCAGCUAGAAACAAGGAUACUCAGGAGCAGCAAGAAACAAGGAGCCACGAGAACAACAAGGAACAAGAGCCCCAAGUCAAUGUCAGAGGGACUCGGAGCCAAAAUCACAAUUAUGUCGAGAUAUAACACUACCAUUUUUUCUUCAAGAAAUAUUGUGUACACUGGUUAUAUUUCGUGAUAAUGACUUUUAAUUUUUGAACCCUUUAGGAAAAGCAUGUUGACAGCACAUUUAUUAUAAACCCCUUUGGCAAAACACCAUUUCCUCCAAUUUUUCAUAAAGAUCUAGAAAAUAUUCUUUAAGAAAUAUUGUCUUUACAUUAGUAUAGGAAAACUGUUACAAGUGAAUUUCUGAAAGACUUGAUCAAGAGUGAAUUAAUUGUUUAGAUCUGUUGAGAAUGUAGAAUAUUUUGUGCGAGUGACUGAAAUACGCUGUUCUGUCUCUUGGUCAGCAAUGUAGGCUAGUGUUUCAUAUUGCAGAAGAAAAAGAAUUUCAGUUGUACUUUGAAAUACGACAGUUUUAAUGAGUGAGAAGUGAAUAAUCUUGCUCGCCCUGACUAAUAUUGUGCUGCUCACUUUUAAAAUCUUUAAUUCAGUGUGCUGUGAACAUGUAUACGUACAUGUAUACACCUAUACAUCAUCAUCAGUGCCUUUCACCCCUGGCAGGAUAUAGGCCACAUACAAGCUCCUUCCAUUU